AUGAGAAGUGCCAACAUAACUCCUUCCUCUCUAUGGGACCGUGAACAAGCUUUCAUAAGGCACAAAAAAAGGCUAAAACAUAUAAAAUCCCACCACUCUACAAGACUAGAUAAUUCUCCUCCAACGACUCAAAACCUUGUUCCUCCAAUUCAACGUGCACAUAUUUUCUUAGACUUAGAGCAUUCUAAAGCUAUACAAAAAGACAAUGAUGAGCUUUUGCAGCGAUUAAAUUGCAUUUCUAAUAGAAAACCGGUAAUUUUUAUUCAGAAAUAUUGUAUAUAUAAUGAUCUCCAAUCUCCAAUAAAAAGUUUAAAUUUCCCAGCAAGAAAAAAGGAAGCAGAAAGGAUUUUUUUUGAAAAUUUUGCAUUCCUUAAAAGGAUCACUGGAAAAUCUCCAAGUCUCAGCGUUAAAAAAUUUGAUGAAGAAUACGAGCAGUCAAGAAAAUACAAGAAAACCCUUUCAAGAAUCAGUCAUAUAGAAAGGGCUGCAAGCUUAGGAAAAACAGGCCUAUUACCUCCUAUAGCUGAAGAUGGAACCCAGACGAGGACAACCCAAGAAAAAUUCAACCCAAAGAAAAAAAGCCUGUCAAUGAACGAAAUAGAAAUCCAAGAAAUCACAAAAAAUUUCAAAAAAGCCCAUGAAAAUCCAAUAAAAACAACAAACUUGUCAGAUAGGGAAAUUGAAGAAUCAGAUAACCGCAACAAGAAUUAA